AUGGUUGAAGGAAGGAAAGGAGAGGAAGAUCUGUGCAUCAUCAGCGUAAAGGUAGAGAAGCCGAAAGAGGAGAUGAGAGUACCAAGCAAGGGAUUAGGCUCUGGUUUAUUGAUUCUGAAAUCUCUUUUCUUACAGGUAGAUGUCGAUGAUGUUAUCACCAAGGAAGAGCAGAUAUACCUUUUGUUCAAUGCCAAGCGGAAAUGUGAGAGAGCCAUCAAAUCAAAACUGUAUAAAGUGUCCGAUGGCCUCUGUCUGCCUGAGUGGGAUGGCAUUGUUUGUUGGCCUGAAAGCCUGGCUGGCAAGACUGUCUCAACUCCAUGCCCCGAGUACAUUUAUGACUUCAAUCAUAAAGGUCAUGCCUAUCGGCGGUGUGACAUGAAUGGUAGCUGGGAGCUUGCCCCAAGAAACAACAGGACUUGGGCAAAUUAUACAGAGUGUGCCAAGUUCCUCACUCACUACAACCAGAACCAUGAGAAGGAAGUCUUUGACCGCCUAUAUUUGAUUUACACUGUGGGUUACUCUGUCUCGUUGGUGUCAUUAACGGUUGCUGUUGCUAUCCUGGGGUAUUUUAGGAGACUGCACUGUACCAGGAACUACAUCCACAUGCACCUCUUUGUUUCGUUUAUGCUGAGGGCCAUCAGUAUCUUUGUGAAAGAUGCUGUGUUGUAUUCUGGGUUGCCGCUUGAAGACAUGGAGCAAGUUAGUGUGGAGGACCUUAAAUCCAUCACAGAAGCCCCCCCUGCAGACAAGAUGCAGUUUAUUGGCUGCAAGGUAGCUGUGACACUCUUCCUCUAUUUCUUGGCAACUAACUACUAUUGGAUUCUGGUGGAAGGACUUUAUCUCCACAGCCUCAUUUUCAUGACAUUCUUCUCUGAUAGGAAGUAUCUUUGGGGAUUCACUUUCAUAGGUUGGGGGGUUCACAAGCUGUUUCUCGGCACUACAGCUGUAAACGAGUCUUGCCUCCCCUGGUUAAUUUGUCCUUACAGGUGCUGGGAUCUCAGUGCUGGCAGUCUGAAAUGGAUUGUUCAAGUCCCUAUAUUGGCGGCAAUAAUGGUAAAUUUUGUUCUAUUUCUAAACAUAAUCAGAGUCUUAGCAACAAAAUUAAGAGAGACAAAUGCUGGAAGAUAUGACACAAGACAGCAAUAUAGAAAGCUAUUGAAGUCCACAAUGGUCCUGAUGCCUCUUUUUGGAGUUCACUACAUUGUCUUCAUGGCUAUGCCGUACACUGAUGUUUCAGGGAUUCCAUGGCAGAUCCAGAUGCAUUAUGAGAUGCUCUUUAAUUCAUUCCAGGGAUUAUUUGUUGCUAUAAUAUAUUGCUUCUGCAAUGGAGAGGUCCAAGCAGAGAUUAAAAAGUCCUGGAGCAGAUGGACAUUGGCGCUGGAUUUCAAAAGAAAGGCUCGGAGUGGCAGCACCACAUACAGCUAUGGACCCAUGGUUUCGCACACCAGCAUCACAAAUGUAACAGCAAGAGGCCCUUUAGCCCUACAUCAUACCACCCGCUUGGCACCUGCCUCCAAAAAUGGGCACCGCAACCUGCCUGGUUAUGUCAAAAACGGCUCGGUUUCAGAAAACUCCAUUCCUUCCUCAGGGCAGGAGCUAUAUGUCAAAGAGGAAGAGGAAGAAAACAUAUCUGGACCAUGCGAAGGCAGCAAACCUACUAUAAUGGUGGAGGAGGAAAGAGAAACCGUGAUGUGA